AUCGAGGUGCAUUAUGGGGAAAGUCGUUGCCAUUCGACCUCUGCAAGCCUGCGCGGACGCAGCUAGAACCCUGAAAUUCAUUAUGCGUUUAAAAGCUUUAUUUAUUUCCGCAUAACCUACAUACUCUCACCAGGAGGCCAAAGCGGGAAAAAACGACAACCAGCCAUUUAAUUCGGAUCCAUAACAUAUCAUACUUAAAGAAAUAUAAAUUAGUCGGUAGUAAUAUUGUUAAGAAAGUGGUAGAUUUGAAUAUAUUAAGAAAAUGUCCGGAGAGAGAAACCGCAGGUCGCUGGCGUUCCGAGGAGGUGGAUUAGCGGUAACCAGCUCCAGUGGUGUCGGUGGGGGCAACAGUAACAGCUGGGAGGCCCAGGCCUGUCAAGAUCGACAUUUGAACGGGAACAGGCCAGAUCAAGAAGAGGAUAGGGAUCUGGGUGCAAAAGGACCAUCGCAAGGGAGAGUGGAUGGUGGGGGGUCUGUCAGUGAUAGCACAGAACCAGAGGCUGAGGAGGAAGAGGACCCGGAAGGGGGCAACUGGGCAACUGGGGUAGGAGAGGAUCGUGUCGGUUGGGUGGCAGUAACUGUCGGAGAAGACGAGUCCAGGGAAGGGAGUAGCCGGACAGCGGGUAACUGCCUGAACAGCGAGGACGGCGCUGACUUGGGCAGCGGGGGCACGGGAUCCGAGGACGACAGAGGCGAAGCUGCCAGGAAAUCUUGGGUAGAAAUGAGACCGCAGACGCUACUGCAGAAACACUCCCAAUUCCAAGCUUCAUGGCUACAGGAGUUUCCAUGGCUCACAUUUUGUCAGGAGACGGGACUUAUGUCCUGCUCCUGGUGUCACAACAUUCCCACUAAAAACAACGACGAGCUGGUCAGAGGUAGUCGAAAUUACAAGCGGGCCUUGCUGCUGAGACAUCACCUGUCUUCUGAGCACGGGAGGAAUGACCCGACAAAGCAGGUAAAGUGUCAUCCGCUUAAUUUAUAUUUGUCAUUUUUUAGUUAUUUGUAGCUAGCCAAUAUUAUCCGAGAUGGAAAAUAGACCGACAGCUAACCAACUAAUUAGCUUGCUAGUUUCUGUUUUAGGCACAGUUGACUUCGAGUAGCUUGCUAGCCGGGCUAGUUGGGGCUAACAGUUCGCUGGCAGUUUCAUUUCCCCGCGAGAGGCUAUGUAAAGUUGCUAGUUUGAAACUGACGUUAAUGUUUGCUCGUAAAUGGGAGCUAGUCUGAUCCCAUGUCAAUCUAAGUACCUAACGUUACAGCUCACGUAAAUAAAAUGUGUUUAAUGGUGACAUUACUAUAGAAGCCAAUUACUAGCUAAACAAAUCUGUCUAGUUCAAGUUAGCCUGUAGGCCAGUAACAGUGUGAGUCCCGUUAGCAUAUAGUACUAUUCUAAAAUUAAUAGGUGGCUAGCUAGCCUCGCUUAAUUUACAUUUGCAUAGCCACAAGAACAGUACACAUACUAAUUAUCAGGAACUACCUUGGAUGAUUGCUAGCUAGAGGUCGCCAAAGGCAAGGGUUUGACCAUAU